CGAGUGCGCCUCAAUUGAUCGGCGGCGCAGCGCGUCAGUCACAUCAGAAAUAACAAAAUUGUCACAAUAUAUUUACCUGUUCAAGGCUGUUCAAUGUUCAAAGGAUCUGCAAUGUACAGUGUGUAUCUCUUCAAAUCAUUCCUCACUUAUGAUUUUGAUUUCUACGGAUAAGGCUAAGAAAAUAUCUGGAAAAUAUUACCAGCAUAAGGUAUCAUACAAAAGAAAUUCCAAUCAAAGCUCGGGUUUCCAGCUUGCUUUCUUUCUUCUUCCCUUCAGCAGCCCCCCAUUUCCACUGAGCAGUAACGUCUGAGACGGAAGCUUGACUGUGUCUUGCUUCAUAGCUGCUAGUGCAAUGUUCUCACUACGGAGCUGGUACUUCAUCAUAUUUUUUGUGCUCGUUCGUUGCAGAUGCGAAUCUGCGACGCUGGAGAGCAAAGACGUCACCGGCCUUGAUUUCUAUGGAGGCGAGAAGUCACCAGUACCUGCGAAGCGUAACGACUUGACUGGCGUUACCCAGCUGCUGCGUAGAGCUACUUCCAAUUCAGAUUCAACAGCUUUCGCAAUUCUCACCGGAUGUGUCGCCGGAAUUUUGAUCCUCCUGGUGCUCUUUGUCUUUAUCUGGACCAGGCUCAAACGCCGCCGAAUUCUGGACGUAGAGAAAGGUGUGGUUAGCUCGGACACUGAAGUGCCGUCUUCCAUACCGCCCUCCAAAUCAUCUCUCAAACUGUCCCCACGGUCCUCAUCAAAUAGGAGUAGUUGGGCCUUCCUGCAACUGCGCUUCGCACGAAGGAAACUAUGGGACUCAAUAGAGAAGGAAUCGCCCAAGGCUUACCCUUACCCAUUCCCUGAUCCCGACGGCACGACGGGUCCCGAGCAUCAAUCCUCUGUGGCGCACCCACGAACGAGCAGAGAAAAGAACAUGCCUUGUACAGUUCUUCUUCCAGUGGAGGGAGGUGUAUUGUCCGUCCCUGCGUCGAUGGCGCAUGAAACUGACGAUGAUGAGAUGGUCACUCACUCCAACCGACGGGAGAAACCACGACAGGGUCAUAGCCCGACAGACUCACUUUCUCGUUCGCCUACCCGUUCCAGGAAGGGAUCUUUAUUGUCAGGACCACCUCUGACGGUGCAACAACUUACACCAACUUCCCCAACUGAAGAGAACUCAGUAGACAUAGCUUCUUAUUAUGCAUCUGCGCACACGUCGGGUCAGACGUUGGAAGAAGAGCUGAGUAGGAUGUUAUCCGAGCAGGAAGAAACUCAAAGAAAUCAAUAGGAGUACUUCAAUGGGAAGUGGCGUCUUAGUGAUAAAAGAAGUAUUGUUGAAUUUUGUACAGAAACACCAGUCACCUCAUGCGCGUUGACAUAUAGCGGAAUCGGAGUCGGAGCCAA